UCCACCUAGUCUCAAAUUACAACCUGGAAAUACAACCUGUGGAACAACACUCUUUUUACACAACGAGUCGUCAACUAAACAACAGUCAUGUCUGAGCAAACCUCUCCGGGAUAUCAUUUCCACAGGAAGACAAAUGACUGGCCAGAAUACCAACGCACCAUUCGUAUGGACACUGAGAGUGCUCAGAAGAUCCUCUAUGUGGAGGGCACCACUUUGAAGGCCAACCUGGGCAGGUGUGCACCUCCCAAAUCCAAGUUCUUCUCGGUGAAAUGCACGCCCACCAUCAAGUACAGCGUGGUGCCGCCUCCCCAGGACACCCCGCCCGGCUCCCCCCUGGUCCUGGAGGACAAGUCCACGCUGCUCAUCUCCAUGACGGCCGCCAGCCAGCACCAAGACGACAGCAAGCUGUCGGUCAGUUACUACGGGCAAGAUGAAGACAUUUUGGGGACCUCCGUCUUGCAGUUGACUGCACUUGAGAUCUCUCUGGACGUGGACGCAGACCGAGAUGGUAUCGUGGAGGAAAACAACCCCAAUAAGGGGUCCUGGAAGUGGGGUCCUGACGGGCACGGAGCCAUCCUACUGGUCAACUGUGACGCUGAGCGCAGCUAUGUUGACAAACCAGACCACAUGGUGGACUACAUCGUCAAGUUGUCAGAUCUGAAGGACAUGUCGGUGAUGGCCCUGCGGACCCGCGGACCCGCCAAGCUUCCGGAGGGCUACAAGCUCACCAUGCACACGUGUCAGGACCACGCCGAGGGACUCAGGGUCUACAUGUCCAAGCCUCGCUACGGCAGGAACUCCUUAUCUGACGCGGCCAGGGACUACACCCAAGUGCUGAGCAGCCACGUCCUGUCCAGGGAGGUUCCUUACUUGGGGGGUGAGGCAGAGAUGAAUUUUUAUGUGGAGGGUCUCAUGUUUCCCGACAAAGACUUUGACGGGCUGGUCCGCAUCAGCCUCAGCCUGCUGGAGCCCAUCCGCCCGGGUCUCCCCGAGAUGCCCAUUUUCACAGACACGGUCACGUUCCGAGUGGCGCCUUGGAUCAUGACGCCAAAUAUCUUGGAGCCCGCCGAGGUCUUUGUCUGCAGCACGUCAGAUAACUACGCCUUCCUGAAAGGGAUGCGAAGCCUUGUUGCCAAAAGUGGCUACAAGCUGAGCGUGUGCCAUGCGUACAUGAACAGGGGCGACCGCUGGAUGCAAGAUGAGUUGGAGUUCGGUUACAUCGAAGCGCCACAUCAACGCUUUCCCGUCGUCUUGGAUUCACCGCGGGACGGAGAACUGUUGGACUUUCCGUACAAGGAGCUCCUGGGCCCCGACUUUGGCCACGUGACCAGAGUGGCGCCCAGAGGUGAUGUGAGCAGCCUGGAUUCCUUCGGCAACCUGGAGGUCAGUCCUCCUGUGACGGUGGACGGGAAGGAGUACCCGCUGGGAAGAAUCAUCAUUGGUGUGGCCUUUCCCACGACGACUCAGGGACGUCACAUGACCAAAGUGGUUCAGGACUUCCUGUGGGCACAGAAGGUCCAGGAACCAAUCGCUUUGUAUUCCGACUGGCUGGUGGUCGGCCACGUGGAUGAAUUCAUGACUUUUGUUCCCGCGCCUGACAGGAAGGGCUUCCGUCUGUUGCUGGCCAGUCCAGACGCGGGCUACAAGCUCUUCAGAGUCUUGAAGAACCAAGGUCACGGACAGGCCAAAAUCUUCGAGGGCUGCAGGAACCAGGAACCCAUCACGGUGGACGACAUACUUGAAGACACGGUCUUCCAGGCGGACAACAACUACGUCCAGAGCUGCAUCGACUGGAACCGAGACGUUCUGAAGCGAGAGCUGGGCCUGGAGGACUCGGACAUCAUCGACCUGCCCAUCCUCUUCAAGCUGCAGGAAGACGAGGGUGACGUGUACAGAGCUGUGGCCUUCUACCCCGACAUGGUCAACCUGAUAGUCCUGGGCAAAAACCUGGGCAUCCCUAAGCCCUUUGGCCCCAAGGUGGACGGCCGUUGUGCCCUGGAGGCGGAGAUGUGUUCCCUGAUGGAGGACCUGGGCCUCAGCUGCACCUUCAUCGACGACUUUGCUUCUUACCAUCGCCUGCUGGGCGAGGUCCACUGCGGCUCCAACGUCCGUCGAGAACCUUUCCACUUCAAGUGGUGGAACCUGGACAUGUGAGGAGCAGACUGAACACACCAGAAGUACAAUAUUUUACAGUCCGGAUGGGACUACCUGGACCACACAUGGACAAUGGACUUAUUUAAUCACCCUCUUUCACAUUUGUCAUGUUUGGGUCACUUCAAGUACAAGCGGACCAAGACCACUUGAGUGGGUCUCGGUCUGUUUGCAAAGGAACUGUGGAUCGAUCGGGUUCCAAAUCUGCAAAAUGACAGCAAAAGAAAAACACAAAGAUUGAAGCAUUCUGUCCUCUUGAGCGAGGACGCUCUGUACAAGUAUAUUUCAGAAUUAAACCUAAGAUGGUUCAAAUAGCAAAGACAUCAGGGGUGUCCAAAGUGCGGCCCGGGGGCCAUUUGUGGCCCUCAGCUCAUUGUUUGAAUGCUCCCAAACAUUCAUUCUUCUUCUUCUUCUCCAGAUUCUACCUUCCACAUUUUUCACCCAAUUCAAACCGUUCCAAUUUCAAACUGCUCAGCCUAUUUCCAGAAUUGCGGUCUUUCCCUUGAAAAUUCCAAAAUUCGUCAGAUUUCCCAGAAUUCCAGGUUUUCCGGGACUUUCUUCCCCAUUCAAAAUGAAUUAGCCAUUUUUCAAGCUUUCACCAUUUCCACAUUGUUUAACCGAUUCGAACCAUUCCACCCAUCCUGGAAAUUUAAACAAACUUUUUUCCAGGUUCGAAAAAAUUCCACGAUUUUCCAGAAUUCCAGUUUUUCAGGGACAUUUUUCCCAUUCCAAAAUGGAUUAGCCAUUUUUCUAACUUUCACCAUUCCCACAUUUCUAAACCCAUUCAAACCAUUCCACCUUUAACACAUUCCACCAUCCUGGAAAUUUCAACUACUUUUUUUCCAAGUUGAAAAAAAUUCCAUGUUUUUUUAGAAAUCCUGCUUUUCCAAAGCCCUAUUUCCACCAUUUUGUUUGCCGACCACUCCUUCCAACGCACUUCAACUGUCAAAACAUUCUUCUUUACCAAGACAAAAAAACAAGUUGCCUUUUUGAACCGGAAAAAUUCCCGGUUUUCCUGAAAUUCCAGGAAUUUCGUAACACCAUUUCUCAAUUCAACAUGUUACUACUUCAACAUUUCUCGACCGAUUUGAACAAUUUCAACCCCAACCAUUUUCAAAGAGAUUCCACUUUUUCCAAAGUUCCCAUUUUUUUUCUUAAAUUCCCAUUGAAAUCAAUGGGACAUUCUUCAAAGUUCCACAGUUCCCUCAUUUUUCAUCUGAUUCAAACUGUUCCAACUUCAAACUGUUUAGCCUAUUUCCGUAACAUAUUAUUAUAAUAAUGUAAUGGAUUCAUAAUUAAUAAUUAUUACAAUUGGUUAUUAAGAGUAUGUAAAAAUUCAACUUCUACUUUGUUUACUUCCGCGACAACCUCCUUAAAGUUUUGUAAUCAGUCAAAAAUAUCAAGCAGCUAAAAUGCGCCAAACAUGCUUUGUAAUGGAUUUGAAUGUGUGUAGUUUACAUUUUUAUGCUGAUUGGACGCUUUAAAAUAAAAGAAAAAAUCCAUUUCAAGUUCAA